AAAACAACAUCUCAUUUCAUUAAAACAACAAGAAGAAGAAGAUAGAAUCAUUUUUGCUGUUAUCCAUAAUAAUUAUAUAAUUAAAUUCCAAACUUCAACGUCCCUUUCUCUUCUGUCUCUCUCUCUCUUUUUCCUAUGGAUUCCGAUUUUUGGACCGCCCGUCUCGCCGCCGCUAAACGGCAGUUCACGAUGCAACACCACCACCACCAUAAUCAUCAGUCUUCCCAUCUGGAUCGGUUGAACGUUGAUGAUUUUGAGGUUGAAGAAGAAAUCCGACCCGAUUUUCCAUGCCCAUAUUGUUAUGAGGAUUUUGAUAUUGGGUCUUUAUGCUCUCAUCUUGAAGAUGAACACUCGUGUGAAUCCAGAGCAACUAUCUGUCCAGUUUGCUCUGCUAAAGUGACGAGAGAUAUGUUAAGCCAUAUCACUCUGCAGCACGGACACUUAUUUAAAAUGCAGCGACGUCGUAGACUACGCAGAGUAGCUGUCCCAAAUAGUCAGGCUCUUUCGCUUUUGGGCCGCGAUCUUAGAGAGGCUCAUCUGCAGGUGCUUCUUGGUGGCGGCAGUGGUGGAGUCUAUAGGUCGUCAAAUAUCAAUACAUCAUCAUCGACAAGUGCUGCGGCUUCUGAUCCUUUUCUUUCAUCUUUGGUUCUAAACUUUCCUGGCUCUGAAGCUGAAGAAAUUUCCAAGUCAAUAGUGUCGAAUGUUGAAGAAAGUUCCUUGAAGAGUCCAACUCCACAACAUAUAUGGAAAUCAAGUUUUGAUCCUUCAUUGAGUUCUGAAGAACGGGAAAAGAGAAUGCGACAGGCCACAGGACGGGCCGUUUUUCUCCAAGAUCUGCUGGUAUCAACGCUUUUAACUGACUAAAACUGACACUCAGAGUGAGAACCGAGCAAGUAAUCUGCAAACUAUAAUGUCAAAUUAUCUGAUUAAGCAGAUAUGUUCUAGUUAUUUCAUCUCGGCUCUUGCCCUCUCAAACCCGUGUUGUAUGAGCAAAUAUGAUCAUUUCAUGUUAAAGAAAUCAGUAAUAUUUAUUUCUGAUUUGUUAUGUUUAUGUUACAUCAACCGUCUCAAGAGGGCGGCUUUAUAAAAUGUUUGUUGGAUUAUUGUGCA